UGGAGAAAGGGCUUGUUUUUAUUUAUCAACGAGAUUAAUACAGGGAUCAAAUUGUAUAAUUAUAAUUAAAAACUGUACAUAAUUACUGUAAUAAGUUAUAUUUUACUACUGAAUUAAUACUUUCAUUCCCGUACAAAACAUAGCAAGUGGUAGGGCAAAAAAACUUUGGAUUAGGAUAUUAAUUGUGCCAACAAGGAUUCAAAACGAUUAAUAAUAUUGUAAAGAAUGGAGGUGCAAGUAAAUUUAAUUGAUAAACUCAAGUCGUACGGCCUCGGUCGUCGGAGGCUCGAUGACGUACUCUUCAACGAUACGCCACCUUCUAGAUUAGGUAUCUACGACGACGACGACGAAGAUCUUUGUCAUACUAUGGUACAGACAACGUGCACGGUCCCGGGUUGUCAUUUCACCGUGACCACCUUACUGGACUACGAAAACCACUACAAUUCCUCACAUAGAUACAAAUGUAGCCAAUGCAAGAAGGUGUUGCCAUCUCCACAUCUCCUGGACUUACAUAUCCAAGAACGACACGAUUCAUUCUUCGCUGUAAUGGCAGUUAAGAAACCUUCUUAUUCCUGUUAUAUAGAAGAAUGUAAAGAGAAAUUUAUGAAUGCUGAAGACAGAUUAAGCCACUGUAUCAAGACACACAAAUUGCCCAAAGAUUUUAGAUUCGAUCAAAAACCAAGAAAAAAAAAUAAAACUAACAAAAUUGCCAUGGAGAUAGAUAUUGAUGGCAGCCAGGCAGACGGGCAGGAUUUGCAUAAGUUUAUUUUUAAAAACAGCAAACAAAGAAGUUUUCAAAAAUAUUCUAUCAAGAAAUUUACUACCGAUGAUAAAGAUUCAACAACAUCGGUAAACUUGGAUCAAAUCAUGGCAGAUAUAAUAGAAAGUCUACCAUAAUAAAUGUAUUUAAGUCUUAAUUUAUGCAUUAAUUUUAAAUAAAAAAAAAAAACUUUAUUAGGAUGAACUUACAUUUCGUAUAAUUUUAUCAUCAAGCAUGAGAUAAAUUAAGUAUAAACAUACUCUAAAUUCAUAUGAAAACAUAAUGCCCUGAUGUAAACCAGCAAUCUUGGUUAUCAUCGCUAUGAUGAUGACCAAGAUUUUGUCAUCAGAUGUAAUUGUUAUUGAAUAUGGUACAUAAUCCUCUUGACAAUGUUCCCUUUAAUUAAUCAAUUAUUUUGCUGCAAUUGAUUCUGGCUUUUGGUUUACCAAAUUCCACUUUAUUACCAACUUGUUAUGUAGAUAAUAAAAAAUAAUAAUAUAUUCAUAACGGUUUUAUUAUAAAAUAAGCACUCUAUCAAUAAAUAGCUUCUUAUAAAUUACUUGGUAACAAAACAUUUUGGCAUAUGGCCAGCCACCAAAAUACCUUAUUCAAAUACAAUUUGUAUUACAUUGAUAAACAAGAAGUAAAUUUCCAAUUUUAUAACCAAAAAAAUAUUUUUUUUAUUCAAAUACAGUCAUUGCCAAGAGAUUCUAAUUAAAUAAAUU